UGUAUACAUUAGCAUGGAAGAGUUUCUUGUUAUGCUUCCGGGACUUCUUGCGGUGGCUAAUUGAAUGUAGCGCUCUAAUAGAGUCACACAGGUGAACCCCAAGAGGCCAACCCCCCACCUCCACCCCCUCAAUGGAGAAGCAGGGCGUGCAGUAGCAGCCUGACACCGCUGGGCGUGUAACCCGACACCCGACAGCUUCAGCGGCUGCAGGAGAGCCCACUUAAAAGGGAAAGGGAUGGAAGCAAGCCUCCUUACUCCGUCGCCACCUCCGACCGAACCCCGGCACCCUCUACCCGCCGCACCGUCCCUCACUCUGGAUAAGCCUAAAUGAAUGAAACACUGGGGAAUAUCCACACGCACGCCAGCGGGGAGACUCUGUGUCCAAACAUCAAGUCCACCAGGAUUUUAUGUCGGGCUUGACAGGCUAUAAGUCAACAUGCGUUGUCCUUCCCGGAGCUUCACCCCGAGCUUUUCAGAUGUGUGAGCGGCCACCGGUGUCUUGUGCCCGCCCUCGCCAAGGAGUCACGCUGUGAUUGACGGAUCAGGUUUUUGACUGCCAGGACAAAUGAAUACAAAUGAAUUUAGGCACCCAAAGGAGAGAUUGCAAAACCUCUCAUCUAGACACAAAGAGAGCCCUAUUGCUCUGCACCGUUCUAUACUGUACUUGUUACCUGGGACUUACGCAAGUACACUUUGAAGAUGUGGACAUCCUCCAAAAGUUGGGGCUUAAGGGAGACAAGGCGUUGCGCUCCGUACCAGCUGGGGUCAUUCCGUUCAGAUCUGGGAUCAUCCUCAACCAGCAGGCACACAUUGAAGGUCCACUGCACUCCAUCUUCCCGCCGACAUUCUGGACCAACGCAGCACUGAUUCUGAGUGUGAGCUCACACCGGGUCAACAGUGCCUUCCUCUUCACCCUGCUGUCAGAGAAGAAGAAGCUUCUUCUGGGCUUGCAGCUUGUUCCGGGCAGUCUAGUCCUCCACACGGGACCAAACACUUCGGUGGCGCUGCCCUACGAACCCCAUGAUGGCCAGUGGCACCAGCUGGCGUUGGGAAUUAAUGGACAGAGAGUGAUUCUAUAUGCCUCCUGCGGAGAGCAGAGUGUUCAUGCGGACUUUGGGUGGGACAGUGAGGAGGGACCGGCCCCGGAGCGCCAGGACUCCUUCCUGCUGGGGCGGUCGAGCCAACAUCAAGCUUCAGUGCACUUUGAAGGAGCCAUCUGCCAGUUUGACCUGAUCCCUUCUGCCCAGGCAGCUCAUAACUACUGCAAGUACAUUAAGAAACAGUGCAGGGAAGCCGACACAUACAGGCCUAACCUUCCACCCUUGCUGCCUAUCUUACCACAACCAGCCAACGCAUCAUCUGCAGCUGCGCCUAAACAUGGUGGCCGGGAAACAGCCAAGAAGGCUGCUGCACCAAAUCUUGCUCGGAGUGUUGCGGCUGCUGCCUCUGCUGUCAGAUAUGUAGCCCCCACCCAAACAGUAAAACCCACCCUUGGGACCGCUCCUACACCUUUGCUGGCGACGGUAAUGCCGGUCACGGCACAGCUUGGCCUCCCCUCUCCUCCAACCAAGGCCAGAACUGAAACUGUCACAGCUCCACUCAGAACCACAGUACUCCCAACCCAACCACCCGCUACUAGACCAUCCACCUCUAAAAUGACAAGUCCGACAUCAUCCAAAGUUACUUCCCAAAAGCCUACUCCGCAAAGCGGUGACAAAAAGAACAUUGCAGUAACGGAAAAGAAGAAGAAACCUACUUUCCCAGUCACCGCUCGCCCCAAAUUUCCCAAGAAAAAAACAGACAAUGUUUUAUCAGAUCAAAAUCCACCUCUAAAGAAACCACAACCGACCGCAGCCAAGAAAACGCCCGCCAAGCCCAAAGUUCCACCAUCCAAAGCCACUCUUACCAAACCCAAGUCAAACCCUGUCAAAGCACCCCAGUCUAAACCAGCGGUAUCCAAAGUGAACCCCUCAAAAGCAACCAUCUCCAAGACUACUGCUAAAACCGCCAAGCCAAACCCCAAACAGGUCACCAAGCCCACCAAGCAAGCCAAAACCACCAAGGCCCCGGUUACCCCACGGCCUACCAGACCUUCGUAUCAUCUUGUAACAUCACCUGCCACAGACGGCUUCCAGAGCUGGGAAGUGGCACCGACUCAGUUCUCCCUGCUUGCUGGCCCUGGAGGAGAAAAAGGAGAACCAGGCCCUUCGGGACUUCAAGGACCUCCAGGGAAGCCAGGCCUGCCAGGCAAGAGGGGUCCUCGGGGUCCCCCGGGUUCUCAUGGAAACCCCGGCCGACCUGGUCCACCUGGUCUCAAGGGUCGGAAAGGAGACCCUGGUAGCUCACCUGGGCCAGCCCCUAAAGGAGAAAAGGGAGACUCAGGGAUCCUUGGCCCAGCCGGACGUAUUGGUCAAGAAGGUCGAAAGGGACAGAAAGGUUACCCUGGCCCACCUGGACUCCCCGGAGAACCCGGAGAGCAAGGUCCAGUCGGAAGCCCGGGUGCCAAAGGUUAUCCUGGCAGGCAGGGUUUACCUGGACCAAUAGGACCGAUGGGGCCCAAAGGCGUGCGGGGUUUCAUUGGAAUCCCCGGCCUUUUUGGCCUCCCUGGGCCUGAUGGCGAACGAGGCAUUCCCGGCGAACCAGGGAAGAGGGGCAAGAUGGGUAGGCCGGGAUUUCCUGGGGACUUUGGAGAGCGAGGACCACCUGGGGCAGAUGGCGAACCAGGCCAGCUGGGAGCCCCCGGUCCAAAUGGAGUUCUCGGACUAAUUGGUGACAUGGGACCUGUCGGAGAGAUGGGCCUUCCAGGACCGAAUGGACUGAAGGGUGUGCCCGGAAAUCCAGGAGAACCAGGACUGAAAGGUGAUAAGGGUGACAUUGGGAUCCCGGGAGAGCAAGGCGAGAUGGGCUUCAAAGGGGACAAGGGCAUCCAGGGGGCUCCAGGACCGCCUGGCAUCCGUGGAAAACCAGGACCGCAGGGCAGUGUAGGCGACAAAGGCCCCGAUGGGACAGCAGGACCAAUGGGCCCUGAGGGUUUCCCUGGAGACAUGGGACCACCAGGAGAGAAUGGUCUGGAAGGACCAAAGGGAAAGCUAGGGACCAGAGGUUUACCCGGGCCACAAGGGUUACCUGGCUUGGAGGGAGAUGAAGGACCGAUGGGACCACCAGGCCCAAUGGGAUUUGAGGGUCGACUGGGCAGAAAAGGAUUCCCUGGAAAGGUCGGGCCUGAGGGAGUGAAGGGGGAGACCGGCAUCACGGGAAAGGUUGGCGCCAUGGGAGAAAGAGGCUUGGUGGGUUUCAUCGGACCUGUGGGAGAGGCCGGGCUGGCGGGAGAGAAGGGAGAUCGAGGUUCCAUGGGCCUUCCCGGACCGCCUGGAGAAAAGGGGUCUACGGGUCACCCAGGGACACCAGGGGAGACCGGGCCUUCAGGACCACCUGGCAGACCAGGAGCCCCUGGGGGAGCGGGACCCGCAGGUACCAGAGGAACCAAAGGUUUGCGGGGCGCCACGGGGCCUGACGGUCCAACGGGAGAGAUGGGGUCAGAAGGCAAGAAGGGUCUAGACGGUCCUCCAGGAAAAAUCGGCUUCCCCGGACCCCAGGGGAAAAUUGGGGAGUCUGGGGAAACUGGGUCCAAGGGUUUCCCUGGUAUCCAAGGGCCAUCCGGACCACCCGGAGACAAGGGAAUCGCAGGCGAGCAGGGGCCUCCUGGUCCACCAGGAACUAUCGGAGUUUUAGGAGAAAUUGGUCCGAAGGGUCCUCCGGGUAGCAUGGGGGAGCCGGGACUGCCAGGCGAGCCGGGGGAGAAGGGCACUAUCGGACCUGCUGGGAACAUCGGAGAGCAGGGACUGAUUGGUCCACGGGGUGAGCCCGGUUUGGAGGGGGAGGCUGGUCCUGCUGGUCCUGAUGGAGCCAAGGGUGAUAAGGGCGACAUGGGCCAGGAGGGCGACACAGGUGAAAAAGGCGAAACUGGUCUAAAGGGAAAGGAGGGUCCUGUCGGAAGUCCUGGGAUCCCUGGUGUCAGAGGCCAAGAAGGGAAAUCUGGCAAAAUUGGAGAAAGAGGCAAACUAGGACCAAAGGGGGCCAAAGGCCACCAAGGUCACCUCGGGGAGACCGGGCAGGUGGGCAAGACAGGACCCCAAGGUAGCAUCGGCCCAAAGGGCUCCAGAGGAACCAUCGGACACGUGGGAGCUCCGGGAAGAAUGGGUCAACAGGGAGAACCUGGCAUUUCAGGUUAUGAGGGCCAUCAGGGACCGUCGGGCCCGAUGGGGCGUCCAGGACCAAAAGGUGAAAAGGGCGAGCAGGGCGACGAUGGGAAGCUCGAGGGUCCUCCUGGUCCUCCAGGUGACAUAGGUCCUCCAGGCGACAGAGGAGAGAGAGGAGAACCAGGCGACCCGGGAUACAAAGGUCAGGUUGGUUUGGAUGGUGAAAGAGGAAGACAUGGAGCUCCUGGACUUCCUGGACACCCUGGACCUCGAGGGAUUCAAGGACCAAAAGGGGCCAAAGGAGAUCUAGGCCAAAAAGGCAAAAAGGGUCAUGGCGGACCAAAAGGAGCCAGAGGGACAGAGGGUGGUGGUGGUCCUUCUGGUCCCAGAGGAGUGGUGGGUCGAGAGGGGCAGGAGGGAGUACCCGGGAUGGAUGGAAUGCCAGGAAAGGACGGAAGUAAAGGCAUGCCGGGAGAGCAUGGAGACGAUGGAGAGUUUGGCGUCCCAGGCAAAGCUGGCGGUCGUGGAAAGGUCGGCGUUCCAGGACUUCCUGGAGAUCAAGGUGUCAUCGGAGCGAAGGGCGAACGAGGUCUCAGAGGACAGAGCGGGCCGCCGGGGAAAAGAGGCUUCAGAGGCGGAAUGGGACUUCCAGGGUCGCAGGGAGACCGAGGACCCAAAGGACAACCUGGCGAUGUUGGUGAAUCUGGCUUUCCUGGAAUUUUUGGUGUUUUUGGUCCCAAGGGUCCUCCUGGAGACUUUGGUCCAAAAGGCAUUCGAGGACCAAAGGGUCCCCAAGGAACCAUGGGCAGAGGAGGAGUCAUUGGCCCUGCAGGAUUUAUAGGCCCCAAUGGAAGCGUGGGUCCCAGAGGGGCGAAGGGCAACCGUGGAGCCAUGGGAGUACAAGGACCUCGGGGAUCUCCUGGACCUCGUGGACGCCCUGGACCUCCAGGUCCCCCUGGUGUCCCGCCGUCUUUUAAAGAGGAUGGUCUUUUGUUUAUGGAUUCACACAGCCAGCUCAGGAAUGAGAAUAAGCUAGUGAUGGACCUGCCCAUGCUGGACCAGGGCGCAGAGAUCUUUAAGACCCUCCACUACCUCAGUAACCUGAUCCAGAGCCUGAAGAACCCACUGGGCACCAGGGACAACCCUGCUCGCAUCUGCAGGGACCUGCUCAGCUGUGAACACAAGUUAAAUGAUGGCACUUAUUGGAUGGACCCCAACCUUGGCUGCUCGUCCGAUACCAUCGAAGUGUCCUGCAACUUUACUGGAGGUGGGCAGACGUGCCUGAAACCAGUCACUGUGGCCAAGCCCACGGUGAGCGUCGGCCGCGUCCAGAUGAACUUCCUGCACCUGCUGAGCUCCGAGGCGGUCCAGCAUGUCACCAUCCACUGCCUCAAUGUCUCCCUCUGGGCAUCAGACGGGGAUGUGACGCCUUCCCGGGAAUCUUCUGUGCGCUUCAAGGCCUGGACCGGGGAGGUGUUUGAGGCGGGAGGCGAGCUAGAGCCAGAGGUGGUGGAGGACUCCUGCUGGAUGAAAGAUGGCCGCUGGCACCAGGCCCAUUUUGUCUUCCACACCUUGGACCCAUCCCUGCUGCCUGUGACGGACGUCGUCAACCUCCCCAAGACCUCCCCCGGCUCACACUUCCACCUGGAGAUAGGUCCCGUCUGCUUCCUGUAAGGCCUGCGGCUCUUCAGAGUAAAAGAGGGGCGGGUGGUCACCCCUGUGAUGCUGCAUGCCCAAGCCCCCAGCACCCCCUCUCGAUGCAGCUUGUGCCAACCUCUCAUUGGACUGCAGAUACAGGAGAGGGGGUGUCGGCUUGCGGAGGGAGGAGCAGGGGGAGUUCUUGCACUAAAUUCCUCCCAAUAGGCCAAUAGCUUCUCCCGGCUCGUCAUGCGCGACAAUGAUCUCUGUGGAACAUUGACCGGUGAAGAAGGAGACAAAUCAGCGGACUUUCUAUGAAUUAUAAUAAUAACUUAUUUUUGUAUACAGUCUGUAUACCAUGUGAUUUAUUGUAUUUUAUUUUGGCAAAAUAACAGGAUAUAAAUUCUAAAAUAUAAUAAUAAUAAUAACGGAGAUCAAUUAACUGUACAUAAUAUGUAAGCUUAUUAUUCAUGUAAAGAAAUAAUCUUCAAGUGCAAUAGAAAUUUUACAUUUAAAUCCAAAUUUAUUUGCCUUUGGUGCUCAUCUCCGUUUUGUUUGUUUGUUUUUUUUUCAUCUGAGCAGACGUCACAUCUGUAUUUAUUUGUGCUCCAAAAGGGAAAAAGCAUCAUCAUCAAUCAUCGUAAAGUUGAACAAAUGCAUUUUCAACCAGAUGCCACUGAAUAUCUACGGAUUUACACCCAACAAUUUUACAAAAACAACUUUUUGGGUUAUCUGCCAUCCUUUUAUGACUUCCGUAUGAUGGGAUGCUGAAAUCAGCGGAGGAUAGCGGUGCCCUUGCCAGCCACCAAAUCAUUUAUUUAAGGUGCUAAUCAUGAUGCUGUAAUUACACCACUCUGUUAGAAUGUUUAUAGUGCAGGUUCGCUUGGAUUAAUUUAAAAAUACAGUAUAUUCCAUAUAAUAUAUUGCCAUAACUUCCAGGGACGGUGCUGUGUUUUUUAAGGUAUUUGCAGAGAUCUUUUAUUGGAGGAAAGUAUUUCAGAGAUGAUAUGAACGUGUCUCCUUCUGUAUCCAGUUUAAAAAAUAAAACACAGGGUUUGUUUUUUUUUUUUUUUUUUGACCAAAGCGCCCCAUGUGAGGAUGUUUUGGAGACACAGCGUAAUUAGAAUAAACAUGUAUUUGUUUGAACUGGACACCAGUGUGUAUAAUUGUGAAACCUUGCUGUAUACAGUGGACCCCCCUCUGGCUAAUUUAAUGUUAUUUAAUGUUUGCAAAGUGAGCAACAAAUGCGUUAUGUUAGAAACACCAUCAUCUUUAUAUAUCAGUUUACCCAACUGGUCUUGGAGUUUAUACUAUUUUUUAAUGUGUACAUUUGGUGCUCCAGAGAGAACAAAGUUAUCACAAUGUUAAUUAGUUUUUAUUUUUUUAUUCUUCAUUUCUUCGUGUUGGGCUUUUGCUCUUUCUCUUUAUGAUAAUCCACCAUGUACUGUAUCAGGUGCUAUUCUAUUACUUGUGUUUUUAAAAAAAAAAUAAUAAUGCAAACAUGUGAAAUGUGUUUCUUCUUUUUUUUGUAAAUCUGUUGUAGACAUUAAAGCAAGAUGAGAAUACCUCACAUUUUUCAGCAUUACAUUUUCAACAACAAAGUGAACCAGGUUGUUCUAUUGCCUUAAUGAAUACAGCCUGUCUGGAAGUACAGUAUUUAGUGGAAUGAGUCAUUCUCAUUCUGAACACGCUACAAACUUUUUAUCUGUCUGCUCUCUAUUCCGUGUCCAUUUGUUCAAUAAAUACCUUCCAUUUG